ACUGGACUACGUAGGACUGGCAUAAGGGGGUAGCAAGAGGAGGUCAAGGAGCAACAGAACAACAGAAAUCACAAAACUUCAGGCGAGAAAAGCUUAUUCCAAAAACUGUACACGCACGAAGGCAGGAUUUAGGGAUGUCUUCUGAGUUGGAUUUAAUAUAACACAACAUGGAUUUUCACCUCUGGGAGAUAUUCUCUUUAGUUUGAGAGACUGAAGGUGGCAGAAGUUGGUUUCACAACCAAACUACUAACUUGCGCGCGAGUGGAACAUUGGCUCCGACUAGCAGGAUCAUCUCUUUUUGGAGGCUAAUGCAGGUGGCGUCCAUCGCUCCUCGGCAGUGAAAUGGAAACCGAGCCAUGCCGUGAGAAGCGCGAGGAUCCUGCCGUGCCUGAGGUGAGGGAGUCCGUUUACCAGCUCGCUGGUGGAGACAGUCCCGCCAAGCUGCCCUGUGGGCCUGCAGAGGAAGGCAAGGAGCUGAGUGGGAAGGAGCCGGCCAAAACGGAGAGCUGUGACGAUGAGAGUAAAAACGUAGAGGUAGAAGCCCCCGCUGACCCUGAGAAAAGUGUAGACACGGGAUGCAAGGAGAAGAGGAAACUGAGAAAAACAAACAGCUGGAAGAUUGUGAGAUUUCAAGAGCCGUCAACGGAGGAUGAUGUCCUGGAGAGAGACAGCGCGGCAGAGAGUCUCUUUCCAGAAUGUGUGACGGCUGAGUGGAUCUCCUCCUCCUUUGAAGACCUGUUUGUGGCAGACGAUUGGCAAGACAUCACAGAGGAUCGUCUGUUGAGAAAGAAGGUAGUGGAGUUCGGGGCCCCGGACACACUCAGCCCCACCUGGGGCCAAGCAGUUACUGUGAAGAUGCAAUGUGUCCUGGAGGACCGCACCGUGGUGGAGAAGGACUGCAGGCUCGCCCUUGUUAUUGGAGAGGGGGAUGUAAACCAGGCGCUGGAGGAGUGUGUCAUGUCCAUGCAAAAGGGUGAGAUCACAUUACUCCUGGCGGAUUCUUUGUAUGCCUAUGGACUCUUAGGACGGGAGCCUGAUAUUCCAGCUUGGGCUCCGUUACUCUACCAGCUCCAGCUGCUGGAUGUCAGUGAGAAACCGGACCCGUUAACUCUGCCCAUCGCAGACCGCAUCCGCAUUGGCAACCAGAAACGAGAGCGGGGAAACUUUCAUUUCCAGAGGGAGGAAUACAGCAUUGCUGUCAGAGCCUAUUCUAUGGCUCUGGAUGUGUUAACCACAUGCAGAAGAGAUGGCGGCGAGAAGGUUGAGGAGGAGGAGGAGGUGCGGGACUACCGGGUGAAGUGUUUGAACAACCUGGCCACCGCGCAGCUCAAGCUGGAGCGCUACGACGAAGCGCUGCACACCAGCCGGGACGUCCUGACCCUCGAGCCAAAUAACGUCAAGUCCCUUUUCAGGCUGGGAAAGCUCCAGUCAGAUAUGGGGGAAUACGAAGAGGCAAUGGAGGUGCUAAAAAGGGCCUUGAAACUGGAGCCGGCCACAAAGGCGAUCCACGUUGAGUUAUCUAAACUCGUCAAAAGGCAAUCAGGAGACAGAGAUACUCAAGGGUGGAAACCUAAACCAGCGGAGCUGCUCGGAGAGAAUAUCACACCUUUUUUGAUUUCCUCGAAGAAGAAGAAAGCAUCUGGAAUAUCCUGGAAGUUUAUACUCGGAGCGCUGGUCAUAGCCUUGAGCAGCUUAGUGACGUCGAUGAUCCUGACGGCAAGAAACUGAAGUCGUCUGCGGGAUGAAAUUUGAAGAAUUGUCAUGUUCUCAAGUCCUCAUUAAUUGAGUUGUAAAGAGUUUUUUUUUUUUACUGUGAAGUUGUAUUUCUUGUAGGAAAAAGUUAACCGUAACCCUAAAAAAAAAAAAGUGUCCAGUAUUAUUGAAAAUUGACAUAGUAAAGCAUCAAGUAAAUACCACCAGAUCUUUCCAGAUGUCUGUUUUAUU